CUAUAUACCAACGAUGCAGCGAUCCGUUACAAGGCGAGUGUUAAUAUUACCACGCAUCACACCACGUCAGCUAGAGACGCUGGAACCGCCGUGGAGUGAACAUCUAGUUAAAGGUACAAGAUGAAAGUCCUUUUCGCGCUCUUCCUAUUGGCCCUCGUGGUGUCAAUCAACUGUGAGUCUGAGACCGCCCCAGCACAGGACGUCAGCGACAAAACUUCACCGGUAGCUGACACUUCAGACAUUGGAGGUACUACAGAUGAAGAUGAGCCAAUGACAGACGAUGACGAUAUCCCGGAUGAGGAUGACACUCACCCCGAUGAUGAUGACACUCAGCUUGAGGAAUCUGAUAUCGCGAGAGUGGCUGACACUGAGACUGGAAAUGAUGAGCCCGCUCAAGAUGCAAAUGCGAAACCAUUUUGGUAUCGUCGUCGAAACAGUCGUCGUCGUCGUCGUCGUCGUCGUCGUCGAUUCUUUGGCAAGAAGUAGAUUUGUAGUUUCAGACUCAAGACAGAGUAAAAGCGCUCCCUUCAUACUUUACUACCUACAAUAGUACCUGGAAUAUUGUAUAAAAGAAACGAUUAAAGUUAAAUGACAGCUUCA